GCUUCGCGACAGCCGGACUGUGGAAUUGCGGCACGCGUACAAGCCUGAAGGCAAAUUGUGUUUUUCGGUGGGAAAUAUCCCGAAUUCAAUGGUGAAAGUGUAGUGGAAAUUGAGUUUGGGGUCUAAUAAAGUAGUUUCCAGUGGUGAAAUGUCCUCGGGUGGAGUUAUAGAUCGGAUUUUGAAGGCGUUUGGUGUCAAUAGGACACAACACGAUUGGAGCAACAAGAGAAGGUCUGAGGAGCGAGACGAUGAUCAGGAGAUACUCAAGUAUUCACGAAUGAGCGACGGAAGCCUUGAUUUCGGCAGAACGCUGGAACGCGGGAAUUCUCACCAGCUUUUGCACUCCACGAAGCGAUCGUCGACGAUGUCAAUACUGAGCAAGUAUGUUGGAGAGGGACAGACGUUCACGAGCGACCGAAGCCAGAGAUUCAAGAAGCUUCCCUUGCGCACGGACUAUUCCACCCCUAAUGUCAGCAGUAUUGACCUGGAGUGCAUGGAGCAGAGCAGGAGGAGGUUUACCGACCAGGCACUCGUCAUCAAUCCUAAUGUGGAAAUUGAGAUAUCAGAUGAUGAGGAUGUGACCUUCGUUCCCACGCUCAAGAGCAGCAAUUUCAGCAACUUUGCCUUCUCUACUCUUCCAAUCACGAUCUCGGAUGAGCGCAAGUCGCCUAUGAGCUCGUCGAAGCCCAUCCCUCCGCUCAUACCGCGCUCCAGUUUGAACAGAAUCAGACCCAUUGAGAAGCACUCGCGGUUCUCCAGCAAUCCGUCGCCUCUGCCCAGGCCAUCGCUUCACAGUCGCUUCUCGCUGACGCGUAUGCGAAAGUCACCGGGCAUUUCCAAGGAGAACAGAUACUCCAGGAGUGAGAGGAUGGUGAAGUCGGUGCUGAAGGACUCGUAUAAUCUCUCGGAGAAGAAGAAAUACAAAGACUUGCUGGAGAAACUGAUGCCCUCGAGUUUGAAGUCUCGUCCUGUGGUGCUGAAUGCGAAGCAGCCCAAGCUGAAGAUUGUGGACACAAUUGAUCUCGCGGAUUUGGAGUUCUCUGACGAUGAAGUGCCGAUGUGCUUACCAAAGUCCCUGCCAAAGACGCCAACGGUUCUGCAGGAGAGCACCAAUAGUAGCAAGAAGACUCCGGUUCUGCCCAUCAACUCCAAACCUAUCACAUUGAGCUCGUCAGAGUCCACGAGUAGUGUGUCGGUGCCAGAGAUUGAGCCGGUGAAUUCGAUGCUGUUGAGGGUGAAGAGCAGUCCGUACUUUCAGGAUGAUUGGCUGCCCAAUCAAAAUGAGAAGUGCGUGGCGACGAACAGGGAGAUGAAGAAGAAGAUCCACGAAGUGGAGUUGCUGUCGAAACAGUUUGAGAAAAUCCGGAGGGAGGCUGAAACGGACGUCUUCCUCAAGAAGUUGAAUAACAUCGCGAUAUCGCACACACCCAUUGUCCAUGAGAUCUCAGAGGACGAGGAGGAGUUUGUGCUGCCCGAGUUGACGCAGGAGCAGCUGCAGCUUGUGCGAACUGUUACCCACAGAGGUCAUCUCUCAGAGGUGAUUGUGUCGAAAUUCAAUCUAAAUAUCAGGAGGCAGGAUCUCUGCACACUCGUGGGCGAUGCUUGGUUGAAUGACGAAGUGAUAAACUUCUACAUGAACCUGCUGACUGAGCGGAGUACCAAGGGAGUGAAGCUGCCCAAGGUGUACGCGAUGAACACCUUCUUCGCCGUGCGCCUCCUCCAAGCUGGACACAGUGGCGUGAAGCGGUGGACACGAAAGGUGGACAUCUUCGAGCACGAUGUUAUCCCAGUGCCGGUGCACGUGAGCAACGUGCACUGGUGCAUGGCAAUCAUACAUCUGAAGAACAAGACGAUUCGCUACUACGACUCGAUGGGGCAGCCGAACAUGCGGAUCCUGGACGCGCUGGAGCAGUACUUGAAGAGUGAGUCGCUGGACAAGAAGCAGAGGCCAUUCGACAUGAGCGGAUGGCAGAAGGAGUGCAUCGCCAAUGCGCCCAGGCAGAUGAACGGCAGCGACUGUGGCGUUUUCAGCUGCAUGUUCGCCGAAUAUAUCACGAGAAACAGUGAAAUCACGUUCACGCAAAACGACAUGCCGUACUUCAGGCAGAAAAUGAUAGUGGAAAUUGCGACUGGACGACUUCUUCUGUAAG